AUUGUUUUCCUCGAAUAUAAAGCAAUAUUGUCAUGGUAGUAACGUCACAUUUUGAGAAGAAAUCAAAACACACAUGAUGGUGAAACCUCAGGGAAAAAUCAAGUCUAAAAACCACCAUCACACAAAGGGCAAAAUGAAACAAAGUGGUGCCAAUAUUAAAGACAAACGGUUCAAGACAUACAUUGGCAACCAAACAGAAGGGCAAGGGUUUGCAGACAAGAGAAAGCGUAAGAUGAUGCUAGACUAUAGAAAGCUACUACAGAAAGAGAAACAGAAAAUGAAAGCAACUGAACCAGGAACAUCUGGGGAGAAAAGUGUGCAUGAAAUGCCAAGGAGACUUUCUAAACAAGACAAAAUGUCAGCCUUUUAUGCAGCCCAGAAGCAGUUCUCAUUGAAGUCACAGGAAGAUGUGUUAAAGAAAGAGAUUGAAGAAAAAAGACAAAAAGAAACACAAGAAGCAUUAGACAAAUAUAAUACCAGAAAAAAAGAAACCCAAAAAACAUUAAAAAAGAAAACACAUAGAGGUCAACCUGUUAUGGCAAACCGCAUGGAUCUCUUGCUAGAGAAAAUCAAGAAACAAUCCUGACAUCUAUUUAACUUGAUGAUUCUACAAACAAUAUGCUAGGGAGGCAUUUCAGGAGGCCUGGGUAAGACUUGGACUGCAACUACAUAUAUCAGCCGCAAUACAACAUCAAAAUGAUACAAAUGGGUUGAUUUUUAUAUACACUGUAGAUGAAAAUAGCUUGGAAAGUUCUUCGACCUUCUGGUGCAAUAAAUUCCUUUUGGAGCUGCAACCAAUCUGAACAUAUGUGGAGGGAUGGCUUUGGCCUGAUAUCUCUUCAAUAUUCUCCCUAUAUUAAACACUGAUAUGGUGCCAUCACAAGACACACAUGUAUGGUACCAUCGAUGUCAGUGGAAGAUUUAUUAUGAGUCAAAAACUGGCAAAUUGACAAAUAUAUUUCUCAUCAAGCAAACAAACAGAGCCUCGUUGA